GUGACCUGAUUACAAUUUACGAUUACUGAUUGCUCUAAUAUUACUAUAAAAGUGUAAUGUUAUUUAAGUGCUUGAGAAAAGACGCAUUUUCUAAGUUUUUAACAACCUUUAAGUAUGAUUCAACUUGACUUGGAGAAAAUAGUAACUUAAAAAGUGUGUGACAAGAGAAAUAUGAAAAAUAGACUCUAUUUUCCAAAUAUACCAUUUUUUACGUUCCUGACCUGGGCCAAAUUGUUGUCCAUGUUUGUUUUCAACAAAAAUAAUACGCCAAUUUUGCUUUAAAUUUUUGUUUCCGGAGGAAAACUCACUGCGAUAUGGUUUUGUUUAUUAGAACUUUUUUGGACUACUUUAUAACGUGUUGGGUCGUGCUGAAUUUACAUAAAGGUAUAUUCGUUGGUGGAGCGGUAUUACAGAAUGAAUCAACAGUUAUACAAUGUGAAUAUUAUAAUAGUACUUGUAAGGAAAAAAAUGGAUGUCAAGAUGUAGAAAUAUGUCACAUUGAUGAUCAAAAACACCAUUGUUAUGUCCUUUGGUCUGUUGGAGAAAAUGGAACUUUCACUGUUAAACUAAAGGGAUGCUUUUUAAACGGAGUAGACUGUGUAAACCAGACAAGAUGUGUUGACACUACUCUAGUUCCGAAAAAUAGUUUACUUUUUUGCUGUUGCGAAAGGAAUAUGUGUAAUAGUGAUUUUUCAUGGGAGCCCAAACCUACUGAAGCUGCUCCUCCCAGUACAUCGAUUCCGAUCCGAGAAGCAGCUGGCUAUAACUUUUACCACAGUAUUUGGAUAGGUUUAGCUGUUGGAAUCUUAGCCUUAUCUUUAGGAGCUGCUUAUUAUUGGACAAGAAGAAAUAAACACUAUUUUCAUGGGUGGGGUGUAAGUGGCUAUUAUCUUUUUAAGUUACCAACAUCUGAACCACACCCGUUGCCCCCUUCAACGCCCAUUUUAGAUAAUAGACCCAUAAACCUCAUUGAAAUAAAAGCCAGGGGACGUUUCGGAGCUGUUUGGAAAGCUCAGUUUAAAGGUGAAGAUGUAGCUGUCAAAAUAUUUCCCAUACAAGAUAAGCAGUCAUGGUUAACUGAACAGGAUAUAUUCAAACUACCUCAUAUGGAUCACCCUAAUAUUUUGCAAUAUAUUGGUGUUGAAAAACAUGGCGAUAAUCUGCAAACGGAAUUUUGGUUGAUUACUGCUUAUCACGAAAGAGGCUCACUAUGUGAUUUCCUUAAGGCUCAUACACUGACUUGGAGUGAAUUGUGCAGGGUUGCAGAAACAAUGUCAAAAGGUUUAAUGAGACUACAUGAAGCUAUACCAGGUAGGAUUCCAGGCGAAGUAUCCAAACCAGCCAUCGCUCAUAGAGAUUUUAAAAGUAAAAACGUUCUAUUGAAAAGUGAUCUCACUGCGUGUAUUGCCGAUUUCGGCUUGGCAAUUACAUUUGAAGCAGGAAAAUCUUGUGGAGAUACUCACGGACAAGUUGGUACUAGAAGGUAUAUGGCUCCCGAAGUACUUGAAGGUGCAAUAAAUUUUACUCAAGACGCUUUCCUGAGGAUCGACAUGUACGCUUGUGGUCUUGUUUUGUGGGAGUUAGUAUCUCGUUGCACAGCUCAAGAUGGUCCUAUUCCAGAAUAUAGGUUACCGUUCGAAGAAGAAGUCGGUCAACAUCCUUCUUUGGAAGAUAUGCAGGAAUCUGUUGUUCAACAGAAAGUUAGACCUCUAAUACAGGAACAUUGGAAACAUCAUCCGGGAUUAUCAGUAAUUUGCGAUACUAUGGAAGAAUGCUGGGAUCACGAUGCUGAAGCCAGAUUAUCGGCGUCAUGUGUAAUGGAAAGAAUUAUCUCACAAGCUAAAUACCAACAGCAAUCUAUCGGAUGGAGAAUUGAAAAUGAGGCUCCUUUGAAUAUUUUAAAGGAAAACAGUAUGUAGGGAAAAAAUAGGAUUCGGGAUUAUGCGAAUGAACCGUACCUGCAUAACUAAAGUACCUGCGCCUGCAGCCUGUUACCACACUUGCCUACAUUAACAUAGCCUAAUUUAAAUAGCCUACUACACUACAGUAUUGUCCAAAAAGAAACAUAGUCAAUAAUAUUCAGCGAAAAUUCUAUACGUUUUUUAAUAGUCAAGUUUCCUUCUACACCUUGACUAAGUUUCUUUUUUAUUACUAUUAUUAUUAACUAUUUAUAGGUAAUUCAAGUUAUGGCAUGUUCCGUGUUUUUUAGGAUUAUUUUACCAAUAUAUUUGGUCAAGAUGAUUAUAGAUCAGAAAUAAUUACUGACAAAUACGACUCAUUUCGAUAUUGACAAAGCACGUUGCUUAAACUUGAAACUGAAGAGGCCAUCAUAUAAACCUGAUGGCAAUUUUCUCCACAAAUAGUAAGAAACUAAACAUUGAAAUCAACAUACAAGGAUAUAUUGAGAAAUUCUUAGCCUACUAUUGAACCAAACAAUUUUUCAAUGUCAAAAUAUUUUACUACUCAUAUAUUCUCCUCUUAAUUGGAUACAUUUAUUACAGCGAACCUGCAACGUCUCUAGACAUUUCAAAAAUAAUGUUUCUUCUUGCUCUGCAAACCAGACCUACACAGCUUUUAUUACCUCCUCGUUGGAAGAAAAUUUAAGACCUUUUAAACUUAUUUUCAGUUGAGGAAAGAGAUGAUAGUCGGACGGAGCCAAAUGGUGAAUAAGGGAUGUUUCUAGUCAUUCAAACCCCAAAUCACGAAUUUUUUGCAUGGCAACAUGAGAUUUGCAGGGGAGUUGUCCUGCAAAAACAAAACACCUUUGGAUAGCUUUCCACGUCUUUUCUCUUUUUAAUUUUCCCGUAGAGUGUUCAGUAAUGUCGAAUAGUAAUCUCCAGUUAUUGUUCUACCCUUAUCCAAAAAAUCAAUCAAGAUUACUCCAUGACAAUCCCAAAAUACUGAAGCAAAGAAGUUUUCCAGCAGAUUUUUGGACACGAAACUUCUUAGGUCUUGGAGAACCAGAGUGUUGCCAUUCCAUCGAUUGUUGCUUUGUUUCUGGAUCGUAGAAAUAUACCCAAGUCUCAUCCAUAGUAACAAUUCGGUUUAAGAAGUCUACAUCGUUUUAAAAUCGGGCACAGAUCGAACGCGAUAGUUUUACCCUUGCACGCUUUUGGUCAACAAUCAAACUUUUGGGGAUCCAUUUUGCAGCAAUUUUUCUCAUGUCCAAAUUGACGUGAACUAUAUGAUGAACGCGUUCCUAUGAAACAUUUAGUACUUCAGAUAUCCGUUCUAGCUCAAUUCGACGGUCUAAUAAAAUCAUGUCAUGAACUGCUUCGAAAAUUUACCUCUUUUGAAGCUUGCAGUCCAAUUUUUCACGAUGGCAUACGAAGGACAUUGAUCACCAAGGAUAUUAAGCAAAUCUUCGUAAAUCUGCCUUUUAAACACAGGUACUUAAUGAUGGCUCGCUACUCCAAUUUUUCGAUUUUCACAAUUUCGGUGGACAUCUAUUUUCUUUUAAUUUAUUGCGUAACUCUGGCUUACUUUUUUGACGUCAAACUUUACACUGACACUUCUCAUAAGUUAUUGUUCGUUGCUAUGGUAACGCAAUAUUUUGUUUAUGCAUGGAACCGGUCUAGGCUAAAUAGAUAUCAAUACAUCCUGGUAAGCUUUGAGUUCUUGAAGUUCCUCUAGAAUAUUAGAAAGUUAAGAGUGGUUCUUUAUCCUAAAAUUAUUACAUGAGCUGUAUUUUGACGUAGAAUGUCAUUUUACCCUUUACUGGUUCAAUGUAGGCAGCUGAAAUAAUGUUGCAUCGAUUAAAAUUAAAAAAACUCCUUUAUUCCUCUCCAAUAAGUUGAUUGUCAAGGCUUAAAAGUUCCUAACAUUGAAAUUUAUUUUUCUUGUAAAAAUCCGGUUAAUCUUAUAGCAAUAAUAUUUACUGCAUCAAAGCUCAGUUGUCUGGAAUAUUGACCUUGCAGAGUUGAUCUUUUCGUGAAAAUAAAAAUUUUUUGGAAAGUCACAUACUUGAUACUCAUAAUACAAUUCAUUAACGAGCGUUUUCGAUAGAUGGUGGAAACUGAACCACGGAAGUUGACUUUGGUUCUAACUCCUUACUGAAUUGUUCAGACUAGAUCAUUUGAGAUAGAGAAAUACAAACUAAAUUCAAAGCGGGAUAGCCUAUUUGGAAAUUUCUUUUCAAGUGUCAUUGGCAUCAAUUACUAAGCUUAUUUAGCUUCUGUCCUUGUUUAUAAUUUUUGAUGAAAUAACAAUUUGUAACAAUGUAGAUAAAUACAUGAAGCAAAUUUUCAGUAUCAGUUUAUCAGUAAUAAUAUGUAUGUCUGGAUAUUUGUGGAUAAUGUAAUUCAACACUGGAACAUCUAACAUUGAAUUGCUCUUCUCAUGUGCCAAUAGAAGAAAAAUAGACUUUUGAUUUGUUUAUAUACAGAUUUUUAUACAGAAUUGUUAUACCAGAAAAUUUUUAAUUUUUAACUUGUGUGGUGACAUUGAGAAUUUUAAAUUGUGGUGUAAAACAAAACUUUUGUUAUGUGUAAACCUUUAAUGUUAUUGUGUAUCUUUAUCUUCCAAUUUAUUUGGUUUUAAUUUUUAUAUGAAGAGGCAGCUUCAGAAUUAACAGAUCAACAGAUCUCCAAGAAGUAGAAGAAGAAGAAUAUUAUUAUAAAGUCAAUGUUGUUUUUUAGUGACUAAAAUGAAUAUAUUUUCUCAGGGACUUCCAUGUUCAUUUCCCAUUUUCGGUUUUCUUUAUUCUUUGCUUAUGCAACGAUUUUUUUAAAUGGGAAUAAUUAUUGUUUUCGAUAAAAGAAGGGAUAUUUACGGUUCCCAUAUUUGAUUUACAUGGUAAAAACAUUUUCUAUAAUUUGAAUUGUUUUAUUAUCAAAUUGAAAAAACUGAAUUUUGAAAUGAAAAAUAUAUGGCUUGUUCCACUUUAAUAUAUUUUAUGUAUUCACUGAAAAAUCACAUCAACAAAAGAAUAUUGUCGGUUUUUCCUAAUUUAUUUGUAUUAUUUUUUUUAUUAUUAUUAUAUUCAACAUUGUGAAUUUGAAGUUUUUAAAAUUAAGAAAAUGUAAACCAAGCCAAUAGCACUAUUUUCCGAAUUUACACAUAUGAUUAAACCUACAUUUUUCUAUUCAAUUUUAAUAUAAGCAAAACUGUAGAUUUGGACAGUUUUUUCUAUUUCAUAAAUUAGGUGCUUCUUAAAUCAUUAGAGAAAAUCUAAGAGGUGAUUGUCCAAAUGAAAUUAUAAUCAAUCUAACAUACAGCACUCCUUUCUUCUCUCAAAUUUUAAGAAAUUGAUAGACCCUUAACUUAUUGUAAUGUUUGUUAUAUUAAUUUAUUUAUACUAUUUCUAACUGUAGAGUGAAUUUAUACACACUGUCUCUUACUUACUUAAUUUAAGUAUAUACUUACACUAGACACUAUUUAUAACUACUACUACAUUAUAAUUAAUUGUUCACUACUUGUAUCAUUUAUUGAAAUUCACUAGUUACUAUUUACUAUUUCGUUCACUAUGACAUUCAAUUAUCUUCUCGCUGCUAAACAAGCACAUGUAUAUAUCAAAAAGAAAUUUUUCGGAUAAUUCUAGAAAGUAAACAAUUAAUCAAAAUAAAUAAAAAGCCUUUCUAGAAAUUGGUUCAAAAAAAACAAUAUAAACAAAUCGCCGUUGUGAUAAAAUUAUGUAGAAAGACAAUAUUAAACGGUUUCUGCCUCACUUCCACGAAAUCAGCACCCGACGCGUCCAUCACAUUUUCUAUUAUAUUGAAAUAAUCAAUCAGAAGCGGCUUCACGACUCAUGUUGUGGACGAGUUCGUAAUAUUAUUUAGUAACAAGCAUUUUUUUUCGAGAUUUAAUAUUUAAAAACAUAAACAUUGCUCAAAUUCCUUUUUUAUGUUAAAAUAUUACAUUCCAUUUUUUUUCCUUUUCUCGUCGAACAUUUGAUAAAGACUUAAAAUAAAAAGGAAGUAAUAUUUUGUUCUUCAGGCCACAAUUCACCGAUAUAUUUCUCCAAAUAAGUAGUGAGUAAUUUUAAUUUAGUUAGAAAUUUUUUUACAUUUUUGUUACAUAAGGGCCUGAAAUUGGUUUCCACUAUUUAAUAACUUUUUCAGAGAUUUAGGUCUAUAUAAUAAAAAUAAACAAAUACUUGCUUGCUAAUCUCACCCUCUUAUAUUGUAACAGGAAUAUUUGAAAAAAAAAUACAGGUGCUCUUUUGCACUUACACGGAAAUUGAAAAAUUUCAAAUUUCUAUCUUUAAUUAUAUUUGACAAAAAAUAUAAAAUACAAAUUUAGUCGCCACUCUUUAGUAGUGAUAAAUAGGAAAGGUGUAGGCUGUGAAAAUUUUCUUAUAUCAAAGAUCCACUAUAAUUUUAUAUGGUCAAUCACAUCGUGAAUUUUGGUAUAACUGAGAAUUAUUUAUAACUGAAGCCUUUAAUUUUUCAAAGAAAAAUAAAUAUUUUUUUAUUUUUUCCAAAAAUCUUCAACUGUUAUCCCAAAAAACCUAAAAAAUGAGUUUUACCAUUUUAUUCAAAACAUCUCUCGUCAUUAUUUGAUUAAAAUCUUCAACCAAUGCAAAAAAUUUAGCGUUCAUUUGAAACAUAUUUCAUUAUUUUGAUUCCAGAUUCAGUACAUAGAGAUGGUAAUUGUAAAAAUUAUAGUUUCCCCCUCUUAUAGAACGGUUCCUAACUUUCCAAAGGUAUUAGUAGUAGUUCCAUUUACCUAAACCUAUCUCAUGAAUAUUAAACAUCAAUAAUACAGCUUUUUAAAUAAACUUUGUUUAAAAAAAAGUUUUACAUUUGGUUUAGUGAAAAGAGUAUUAAUAUAAGUGCUAUUGGCAUCUAUUAUUCUAUUAUUGUAACAAGUAGUAAUUACCAUGAUUACAUCCUUUAAUGUAAAAGUUUUAUAGUGGAACUUUUUAAUAAGGAAAACAGAAAUUGAUAAAACAACUUCGUUGUACUCAAAGUCUUAUUCAAUAUAAUACAUGGCGCCGCAAAUUUAAUGCAUAAUUCUAAAAAAAUUACCUUGAAUAUUUUGAACAAGUACUUUAAUAAUAUUUGAAAUAAAUAUGUUACUAACUGUAUAUCGACUCGCCUUCUCUAAUUAUUGCAGAUUUUCGAAGUACAUUUGAUAUCAGGUUUCCCAUUGCAUCUUCAUCCAUCUAAAUUCAUAUUUCUGUCAGUUUUAUUGGAAGUUCAUUCAGACUUCUAGGCUCUAAUCAUAGAAGCCCUAUCACCAUACAACUGCUAAUUCCGACUUAAGCUAGAAUUGCCAUUUUUACUUAAUGGAGGUAAGUUUGUACUAUUCCAGUCACAUGUGGGCUUUCAUUAUUAAAAAUUAAAAAUACAAAGAGUGCAUAUAAGGUUCUAAAACCUUUUGUUAUAUAUUGAGUAUUGAGUAACUGUAAAACGAUCUCACAUAACACUUCAUCUACUACUAAACACUUGUUGUUUCGGCACUGGGUGUAUUGCUCUCCACUAUGUCAAAACAUUCUUCUACAGCUGUCGUCAUUAAAUUGACUCGUUGACGUUGUAUCCAGUUAUGGGUCUCUUGGACGAACUGAAGAAACCGCCUUUGAUGGGCAAGGUUUGAAACGAAAGUAACUUCGACUUCUACCGGUCUUCUAGCAUUAUCUUGGCUAAUGCAGUAAUUACAGCUACGGGAAAGAGACUUUGUAAUAUUCGAAUUCACAAUAAUCUUGGUCUCUCUUUGGUAGCCUCAUCCACGACUUCUUUCAUUACUAGCCUUCUCCUAAAAUCGCACCAGUGCUCUGAAGACAGUAGAUCGUGUUAUUCUACAUCGAAAUGAUAUCUGACUUUGUGACAAAUGACAAUAGCAGUAAAUUUCUCGGUCUUUUGACACUAGCGUUUCAAACCAUUUUAACUAACGAAACCUGUUCCAAAUUCAAAAUAAACUGACUACCCAAAUAAUAAAAUGGCAUUGUUAUGCAAUGGAUUUGUAUACAAUUUUAUCAACCUUCUAUUUUAAUUGUACCUAGCACAAAACAUGGGAAAUAUAUGGUAGAAAUAUCUUUAUAUCAUCGUCUUCGGUUUAAGAAUUUUAUAUGGUCAAUUUUUCAAUUUCAAAAAAUAUGCGUUAGCUUUACGGCGUAAUGAAACAGAAAUAUUAGUAGAAAAAUUUCAUAUAGAAUAUGUGUGUGUGUGUGUGAGUGUCAUAGAAAAUCUAUUUUGUGCACUUUUAAUGAAUUUUUCUCUUUGAGAUUAUAUUUGUGCAAUUAAAUGUUAAGUUUGGUGAAAAAUACAAAAAAAACAAUUAUAUAUUUUUAAUAACAGUAUCUGUUUAGAGGAGAAAAACCUUAGAAAGAUGAAAAUUGUACAGUUUUUCUAUGUGUUAAAGUUAAUCUGGUGAUAUUUUUCUUUAAUCGAAAUAUGUAAUAUUCAUCAGAAAACAAUUCUACUAGAUACUAAUCUUUCAUUCAGGCUGCUAUCAAAAAAAUCAAUUUCAUAUAAUUUUAGCGUGCUGAAAAAUUAUGAUACCUACUGAAAACUAAUUGUAUAUAUAUAGAAAUGUUCCUUGAGACACUUUUAACUUUUUUAAAAAGUAUUUUUAUUUACAAUAAACGACUUAUAAUUCUACAGAAAAUAACUUUACAGACAAAUCAAUAUUUCAACAAUGAACAGUAACAAAACAAGGAAUGACUCGAAUUUAAUGCAAUGAACUUAUAUUUAUUUGAUACGUAUUUUGGAAUUCGCUGACUAUGUGAAUAUUGUUUAUUGCACUUUGGAAUCCGCUGGUCGUGUGGCAGUGUCGGGGAUCUUACACAUUUCUCCUUACUCCUUUGGUGUUGACUUCGUCCUCGAAGUCUCUGAGAACAAAUCUUGAAGAAUCUGGAUUUGAGUAGAUUGUAAGUUUUGGGACUAUAUAAGAUUCUGGAAAUUCUUUUUCGUUUCUUUGCAGAGACUGUUAUUAAAAUGGCUAAAAUAAUCAAAAUUGUAAUUAAGGAAACAAUACGGAGUCCUGCAGAAAAUUGCGGCAGGAGUGGAAUUUGUUCAAUAGGUUGAACUUGUCCAAUGCGUCUCUGGAAUUUGGAGUUUUUCUAGCAUAAUUUCGUGCUUCGGAUGCAGCUUGAUUGGGACUACUUGCGGCACUGUAAUUUCUUGCACAGUUUUCUUAUUGUAUCGUAUUCCUUCUAUAGUAAUUGGCUCGUUUGUCAUUAAGAUGCUACUUCUCCUAAUUUCUUGGUUUUGAAUUAUGGUUGGAUGAAUUAUUCCUAAUAGAAUUACUUUGCUGGUUUUUUGUGAAAAGUUCUCUGUUGUGAUUGACUUGGUGCAAUUCUCUAUAUUCGAGACUUUGCAUUGCGAUCUUAUUUAAUUAUGAGACCUACUGAAAACUAAUUGUAUAUAUAUAUAUAUAUAUAUAUAUAUAUAUAUAUAUAUAUAUAUAUAUAUAUAUAUAGAAAUGUUCUUUGAGACACUUUUAACUUUUUUAAAAAGUAUUUUUAUUUACAAUAAACGACUUAUAAUUUCUACAGAAAAUAACUUUACAGACAAAUCAAUAUUUCAACAAUGAACAGUAACAAAACAAGGAAUGACUCGAAUUUAAUGCAAUGAACUUAUAUUUAUUUGAUAUGUAUUUUGGAAUCCGCUGACUAUGUGAAUAUUGUUUAUUGUCCGCUGGUCGUGUGGCAGUGUCGGGCACCUUUCACAUUUCUAUAUUAUAUUGUUAUGGUAUAAAGAGCUUAGGUUUUGCAGAACCAAACAGAGUGGGACUGGUUAAUGUAGAAUUUUAUCAAAAAAACUGUAUUGGAGGUAUAUUUACAAGAUGUUGGAGGUUUUUAUUAAUUUGGUAUUAAGAAAAUUUUUUUGUUUUAACGUGAAAGACCAAGUCCUGUUUACAAUUGAUAUUCUACCAAAGACCCGGAGUGUAUAAACACCUCUCAUAUUAUUAAUCAUUAUUUAAAGUGGGAAUCUAGUUCCAUUUGAAUACCUUCAUCUAAUUGGAAAGUAAGUACGGAAGGUCCCGGGGUUUACCUACCAUUACUGUUGAUAUGACUUUGUUACUGAUUGAGACAUAUUUAGUUGAUUGUGUCUAUGACACUUAUAGUAGAUACAAAUCUGGCAAAAUGUAAUACACUGCAUCGAUUGGAGCCAAGUUUAUUAUUGCCCACAUUUUUCAGUGAGCAUAGCAUUAUGAACCGUUCCACAUUUUUGUUCAAAUAAAUUAUUGUAUGUCUGUGAUUAGAUUAAAUUUUUAACGAGUUUUGGAUAUAUUUGAAAUUUUGUUUUAAUUUCUAAACCAUAUUGAAAAACUCAUUUUUUUUUCAGUACUUUUAAAUAAUAUUUGUUUGAUUUUUUUAAUUGAGCAGUCUAGUUGUUAAUUUCCGAAUAAUAAUUGAAAAUAAAUACGUAAAAGUAAUUAGGAAAAAUAGAAAUAAAUCUAUCUGAAAUAAAAAAGAUAAAGACUGAAAUUUGGACAUAUAGGGCGAAACUGCCCAAUCAAUUGAAAGAGUAAUUGGCUUUGAAAUUUAGGUUUAGAAUACGUUAUCAAUUUGAAAAAAAAAAGAUAUAUCUGACGGUACUUCCAAAUUACAGUUUUCGAAGUUGUUAAAUUAAAAAAAAUAAAAUAAAUAUUUUGUAUUUAAAUUUUUAUUAGUUUUAAGGCAGCUAUUAGACAACAAUCUCGAUUUUUUAAAAAUGUUUUGAAUAUAAAUAAGUAUAUUUUAGAGUAUUCAAUAAGCACAGGAAACCUCAUAUGUAAUUAAAUUGUUUAUAUAUUUAAUUUAGAACAUUAUAAAAAACGAUGAAGUACACCAACUUUCGAUUUAAAUUGUAUUUUAUUCAAACAUACAUUUUAAUACAUAGGGUGGUUCAUUCAAGUCUAGCAUACUCAGUAAUCUUUAAUUUCAAUGAAAUUACGAAAGUACACUUUGCAUGUCACUUAUUUAGUGUAUGUUUUUUAGAAUAAUUGAUUCCAAAGUCUUGCUCUGUUGGACCUGAAAAUAUUAUUAUAAAACGUUUUUCAAGAAGUCGAGAUCAAUUUUUUGCUCAGAGUUUAUGUAUAGAGGCGUUAAUUGGAGUUUGUUGCAUGCACGAAAUAGAAUAUUCAUAAACAGGGUUCGAAAUGAAAUCAGGGUGUUUUCUUUUUAUCUACAAAUUCCCAUUAUCGUCCGAUAGGUUAAAUAAUAUGUUUUAUCUAUAUGUUUUUAUACUCCAGAUAAGAAAAAAAUAUAGACUUCCCUCAGGUUAUCAAACACCAUCCGAUUCUGUACAUCUUGCCAAUUUUUUUAAAACAAACCCGUUUUUCUUAGUGUUAGUUAUUUUUAUCCUCCUACCGUAUACUACCUCUGUAUUUUAUAUUAUUUAAUGUAAUUUGGUGCUUCUUAACAUAUUGAUACAAAAUAUACAGAUUGUAUACAAAACUAGAUUCAUUGUUUUGUUCAAUAUACUAUUUAAUCCAAUCAAUCUUUAGAAUGUUGAUUCUUGUUCCAAGUUGCUACUAAUAAAUAAUCGUUUUCUUUCAGUGAAGAUUUAUAUGAAGAUUUGUAAUAAACUGAGCUUGAAGGUUAUAUCAUAUACUUAUUCAGCUGUAAGCAAGGAUGUGUACACCUUUAAAAAAAUUGCCUUAUAUCUCAAAUUUUUGUUUAGUUGCCGAGGAACAUUUUGUCAUUGAGAAAAAAAGAACUGGAUAUGAACUAAUUACUUUUCUUUAAGACCCAUCUUGCUACCUUUACUCAGCUGUAAGUGAGGAUUACACCUUUAAAAAAUGCAUUAUACCUAUCUAAAAUUGUUGUUUAACUACAUAUCCAAAUUCCAAAUGUUUCAAUCUUACUAUAAUCGAGGCAUUCUGUUUAUAAUUAAUCAUAGAUAAAGAAAAAUUAGAGAAUAUAUGGCAAAGUGAUACUUUAAUAUCAUUCUUGGAGCUUUACAAGAAAAAUUUUGAUUAUGAUAAUCUAUUCUUUCCGUAUGCUUGCAUCUGUACUUAAACGUUCACUGAAUUGUUCUUUGAGAUUAUCAAAAAUUUUAUGAUUAAUCAAGAUGUUCCAUAUUUAGUUAAAAUCACCAAGUUGUCUGCAAAUCUUAUAUUAAGUUGUAUUUCAAUUAUCAACUUAAUCCUUGAUAUUUUCCAGUCGAAUUUGGAUAACAAGUUCGGAUUUUAUAAGAUAUUAUCAACAAAUUUUGGUUUGUUACUUGCUCAUUAUUGACGGUUAAAAAUGUAAUUGGAUUUUAUUUAACUCAACAUUUGCACAUAUAAGUUUUGUAUACAUUCUUUUAUUUAUAUAUUUUGUUUGUAAGUAUUAUGUAAGUAGGUAAUAAUCUUAUUUUUAAUUAAUAUAACAUAUCACUAACGAA